GAGAUGCGUUACCUUCAACAUCAUCUGUUGAUUCAUCACUACUAUCACUAUCGGCAGCAGCAGCAGCAGCAGCAACAACAACAACAACAGUCGUAACACCACGAGAUCUUACAGGAACUCCAUUAUUAAAAUCUAAUGUUUAG